GAAAAACGACCUUGUAUCCUAUUUGGUUUUGGUUUUUUCUUUGUUGUUGUUUCCUUUCUGGAAUAUCAGGCUUAUGAUAGAAGAAGAAUGAGGCUGUGCGAUGUGGACACAUUGGGGUGGCACACUCACCUGCCUAGCUGCAGACCUCCAGCUUGUGUUCCCUGUAGCAGCUGUGUAGUGAGAUUGACUGCAACUGUGGGUGACCUUCUCCCAUUAGUGAUUGGCUUCAGGAUGAAAGAGCUGAAAUGGUUGCCAAAACAAGAGUAACAUAAUCGUUCAACUCAGAGUUAAACCAUCUCAAUAAUCGUAAUACAGGGGUACUUCCCUGUACUGAUGAUUCUUCACACAGAUAAAUGCAACAGGCCAUUUAAAGUUUUGGCAACUGACACUAUAACUGGAAAGGCAUUAGAGGCAGAUGUACACAAUGCAGUUCCUACUGAAAAGGUGGAUGGAACCUGCUGUUAUGUAACAACGUAUAAAGGACUACCUUAUCUAUGGGCCAGGUUGGAUCGAAAACCCACCAAACAAGGUGAAAAAAGGUUUAAGCAAUUCUUGUAUUCAUUAGAAGAUUGCAAAGAAUUUGUUUGGAAUGUUGAAGAGGAUUUCAAGCCUGUUCCAGAUACCUGGAUUCCAGCAAAGGACAUAGAGUUCUCUAAUGGCAAUCCUUUGCCCGAUGAAAAUGGACAUAUGCCAGGUUGGGUGCCCGUGGAGAAGAAUAGUAAGCAGUACUGCUGGCACUCAUCUGUUGUAAAUUAUGAGGCUGGAGUAGCACUGGUAUUGAAACACCAUGCUGAUCCAGGGGUUCUGGAAAUCAGUCCCGUGCCAUUAUCAGAAAUUUUAGAACAAACAUUGGAGCUUAUUGGAACUAAUAUCAAUGCAAAUCCAUAUGGGUUGGGAAACAAGAAGCACCCUGUACAUCUUCUGGUCCCACAUGGAGCAUUUGAAAUAAAGAAUCCACCUGCCUUGAAGCAAAAUGACAUACUGUCUUGGUUUGAAACCUGUAUGGAGGGUAAAGUUGAAGGAAUUGUGUGGCACUGCGCUGAUGGGUGUUUAAUCAAGCUCCAUCGCCAUCAUCUUGGUUUACCUUGGCCACUUGCAGAAACAUACCUGAAUUCUCAACCUGUUGUAAUUUCUUUUAAUAGAACUAAAUGUGACUAUGACUUUGAACCAAAGAGUUUGUUUCACCAUUUUUCAAUGUUGGAUGGACAAAGAUUUGACAGACUCAAAGAUAUCAAGUUUGAUGCUUGAAAUUAUUUUUUUCUUUUAAGUUAAUUGUUGUAUGUCCUGCAUUCCUCUUAGGUGUGUCUAUCACAGAAUUCUUUAUGAAUCUCUUCAAGCUGAGGCAACAGCCCAACUAAUACUGUAUCAUUUUAAGUUUAUCCUAAAUGACUAAUUUUAAAUAACAGAGAUGCGACAGCCAGAGCAGAGAUCUAGCUUCCAGCAUAUUUAUUUUUUGAAAAAUCCUUAACUUUUGAACACAUUCCUGGAAACUGUUAGCAUUAAGUGUAGGAAGUAUGUUUUCUACCCCUGGCUGGUCCUAAAAGCUUUACUAAUGAGUGUGAUCAACUGGAAAAGUUACAUAAGUUGUGCUUCUACAAAUGUAAUUAUUGUUGUAUGUUGGUUUGAGACUUAGCAUCAAGCUUCUUAACUGUAAAAAGACAUAUUUCAAUUGGGACCAGAAUUAGUCCUAAAAUUUGACAACUUUUUUAAAAGUUGUAACAGUUUCUUAUGGGGGAAAACUUCCUGGUAUCAUUUAACUGUACAUCUGCAGCAUUAUGCUAUUAUUUAAAAACCCAGUUAACCUGUAUCCUACAGGCAUUUGCACUAUUUUAGGACAAAAAGAGUAAAUAAUAGAAAAUACGCUAGUUUUAUUUUGGAGAACCUAGUAAGUGAAGAGAGACAUGACUUGUCUUAAUAAUUCCUAUUUACAACUGUUUCUCAAUUAGGAAACUUUAUCACAGGCAUAUUAAGUAAUAUAAGGUAUAUAAAUAAUAAAGGUGAGACUGAAUGAUCA